UUGUUUUUUGAAGUGUUUCUGUCCUGGAAUAGAAAGGCAGUUUCUUGUUCAAGUAAUAGUAGUGUUGCUGAGAUGGUGUUGGAACAAUUACCUACUCAUGCAUGUACCUGAGUCCACUAUAGUUAAAUUUGUUGUGCGUAGCAAUCAGAGUGUAAGAGGUAUCGUUUGUCCUCUGGGUACCUCUCAUUCUGUUUUGGAGGUAUUUACGACGAAUAACAUUACCGUUGCAUGAAUUUAUGUGAACAAUUUACUAUCAGCGGCGCUUGGAGACUCGUUUGAUUUACGAGGCAUGUCGGGGACAUAUUACUUUGCAAUUGUGUCCCCGAACGACACGCCGACGUUCGAGGCGGAGUUCAACAAAGAGCAGAGCAAAUUUGGCAGUGCUGAUAAACCUGACAUCAAAAAGGACGAGUAUUCUCACUUGCACCAAUUCAUAGCCCAUGCUGCUCUAGAUAUGCUUGAUGAUGUCAUGUGGACGACACCCAGCAUGUACCUGAAAUCAAUAGACAAGUUCAAUGAGUGGUCAGUGUCGGCCUUCAUCACUGCAUCAGGCAUGCGCUUCAUCAUGCUGCAUGAUCUAAAGACGAAUGAAGAAGGCAUCAGGAAUUUCUUCCAGGACGUGCACGAUAUCUAUAUCAAAGCCUCUAUGAACACGUUCUUUGACCGCAUGGAGCAAAUCAAGAUGCCAUCGUUUAAUCGCAAGGUCCAGCAGCUGGGCAAGAAGCACCUGGUGUCCUGAGCCACUGCUAUAGCCGUAGUUGUUGUUGUUACCUUCCUCCCUUCAGAUGGUGCUGGCCGCCAAUACAAUCAUGAAUACUCGCUAUACAAAGUACUCCUUAGAAUAUACAGAGACUGAACAUGCCAGUAGGUUUUUUUUUCGCUGCCAAUGUGGAUCAUAGCCUAUGCAGAUAAUAGAUACUUUGUUUCAAUAUUGGUUGUUGUUCUUUUUUAUUAUUAACUGAUCUCACAAGCCAUAUCCCAGCCACAGCCCAUUUUAGCCCAUUUUCAAAUAAAGCAAUGCUAGUGGUGUCCUCUUGA